UUCAGUUAUUUCCCGAAAAUAAACCGUAGCUUGGUUUCAGUAAUAUGGAACCAGGAAUAACCGAAAACAAUGUUAAUCAUUGCGGAGAUAGCAGUACUAAGAUAUCUAAUGGAAUAAUUAUUAGCGAUCACAAUAAAAGUGGAGUUAAACAGCAAAACUAUGAUGACCUUGGGCUUGAAAAUGAUGGGGUCAAAGGUCAGAAAAUCUUUGACAGUAUUGGGUCUGACAAUGACGCAAGUCAUAGUAUUGAUAAUCAAAAUGAAGAAAAUACUGCGGAUUUUGUUGAAACCUCUGAUAUCAUGAAAUUUUCUUGCCUUCGUUGCAAUCGGGAUUUUUUAUCAGUUUUUGAAUGGACUGAACAUAUGACAGUGCACACCCAUGGAUAUACCCUUGGAUCAGACUCUUCCGGUGACGAAUUUAAAUCUUUUGAACAAACAGAUUCAACACAGAAAUAUAUAUGUGACAUUUGCGGGAAAGAAUUCCAAUAUUCAUCUCGUUUUGAGCAACAUAAAAUGAUACACACUGGUGAAAAACCACAUUUUUGUAAAGAAUGUGGGAAAUCGUUUACACACCAAUCAUGUUUAAGUAGACAUAUGGUUACUCAUACUGGUGUUAAGCCAUUUUCUUGUGAACAAUGUGACAAACGAUUCGCAUUACAAUCGACUUUACGUAAACAUAUCCGGACUCAUACUGGUGAAAAGCCAUAUGUAUGUGAACCAUGUGGGAAAUGUUUCACUCAAUUAUACAGUUUACAUCGACAUACACUUGCACAUAAUGGUGAAAAACCGUUUGGAUGCCAUUUGUGUGAAAAGAGAUUUUCCCAGCAAUAUACUUUAAACACACAUUUGCGUAUGAAACACAAAAAAACAUUUCACGAAUACGAAAUGUCAUCUAGGUGUGCUGUUGGAGGCUGUUACAAUUCUGCCAGAGAUGGAGUAAGCUUGCAUCGAUUUCCUCAUAGUAUUGUUAAAUGUCUUCAAUGGUUUAAUUUUGUUCAAAAAAGCAGGACAAAUUUUGAGUUGGAUUUGGUUUCUGGAGCUUAUAUUUGCAGCCAACAUUUCGAUGAAAAAUGCUUUGUUUCACCAGACGAAACCCAAAAUAAAGCAGCACAAAGAAAGUUAACCGAAGGUGCGAUACCAACUAUUAUGGGAACAAUUUCUGCGCAAGAAGGUGUUAAAAAUCGCAAGGUUAUCAAAGAUCAUAAACUUCUUGUAAACCGGCGCAGCAGUGCUAGGAUUGUGGGGGAUAAUAGAGUGAAAAGAACUAAGUUACCUAUCUUGAAACAUAGAAAAGUGAUAAGGGAUGAUAUAAUUAGCGAUACUUAUUCAUCAAGUGAGGAUACAGUGUCCAGCCACUGCGAUAAAAGAGACCAAACCCUUUCAUCAAGUGAGAAUUCCAUUUCUAACCAGGGCGAUGAAAGAAACGAAACUCAUUCAUCAAGCGAGGAUUCCUUUUCUAACCAUUGCGAUAAAAGAGACCAAACUUUUUCAGCAAGUGCAGACAUAGUUUGCGACCGUCACAUCAAGAAUGAAAUAAAUGACCAAGUCCAUCUUCCCAAAAUUCAAGAAAUCAAGGAAGAAAUUCCUGAAUCAAAAGAUGAAAAUGAUUCUGAGGACACUGCCGAAAGUACCGGUGUUGCAAAGUUUUCCUGUCUACGCUGCAAUCAGGACUUCUCAUCCGUUGUAGAGUGGACUCAACACAUGACAACUCAUACUCAUGGCCAUACUGAUACAACGGAAUCUGAACCCGAAACGAAAAAGCCUAAAAAAAGGACAUUCAAACCGAAAUUUAAAUGUGCAGUAUGUGGUAAAGAAUUCCAAUACCCUUCCCGUUAUGAGCAACACAUAAUGAUACACACUGGUGAAAAACCGUAUUUUUGUAAAGAAUGCGGGAAGGCAUUUACACACCCAUCAUGUCUAACUAGACAUAUGGUUACUCAUACUGGUGAGAAGCCGUUUUCAUGUGAAAAAUGCAAACAACGCUUUUCUUUGCAGACUAGUCUGAGGAGACAUGUACGAACUCACACAGGUGAAAAACCGUAUAAGUGUGUACCAUGUGGUAAAUCCUUCACACAGAUGUAUAGUCUUCAUAGACACAGGCUCGCACAUAAUGGUGAAAAGCCGUUUGGAUGCCAUUUAUGUAAAAAACGGUUUACCCAGCAAUGUGCUUUGACUUCUCAUUUGAGAAUGAAUGAUAUUCACAGUGUUAUUUUGAUUGAACACAAUUUCCAAAGUGCAUGUGAAGGAAAAUCAGGCCAGAUGAGUUCAUCAAUUAUGAGAACCCGAAGUUCUUUUUCCAUUAAGACGGAAAUUGAUUCUUGUUACUGUGAAUCCUCAGUACAACCUAGUUCAAUGAGCCUAAUGUCAGUUUGGAAUAAAACACUUUUGGAUGUUGAACAGGCAAUUGAUCUGAGAAAGCAAACAAAAGAAAAACCAUCUACAUGUGAAGAAAGUGGCAAAAUGGACACAUGCAAGUCUAAUAUAAUCGAACCAAAGGCCCAGGCUUUUGAUUUGAAGAAAACAAUUGAAAAAGCAAUUCCAUCAAUAAAAAGUGAAAUACAGCGUGAGAGUACGUAUUCUUCUAGACUCAGGUCCAACAGACAAAACGAAAAACCGUUAACAUGUGAAGAAAGUGGCAAAAUUGACAUAUCCAAGUCUAAUAUAAACGAACCAAGAACCCAGGCAAUUGAUACGAGGAAGAAAACAAUUGAAAAAGUAAUACAGCGUAAGAGUAAGUAUUCAUGGAAACUCAGGUCAAACAACCAAAAUGAGAAUCCGUUAACACGUGAGGAAAGUGGCAAAGGUGACAUAUGCAAGUCCAAUAUAAACGUCCCAAAAGUGAAAGCGAAAAAGCCUAGAAAAAGAAGUUUACAACCACCAAAAUUCAUGUGUGAUACAUGUGGGAAGCUUUUCCAGUUCUGGUCCGUUUUUGAGCAACAUAUAAUGAUACAUACCGGAGAAAAGCCACACAUUUGUAUAGAGUGUGGAAAGGCUUUCACAGACCCAUCAUGUUUAAGAAGACAUAUGAUUAUUCACACAGGUCUGAAACCGUUUUCUUGUGAAACAUGCGGUCGAUGUUUCACAUUGCGAACUACUCUGCAAAGACAUAUGCAAACUCAUACAGAUGAAAGACCAUUUUUGUGUGAACCAUGUGGGAAAUAUUUCACACGGAUGUACUGUGUUCGAAGACAUAAACUUUCGCAUAAUGGUGCAAGACUUUUCGGGUGCCAUUUGUGUGAAAAACGUUUUUCCCAGAAAUCUGCCCGAACUGCUCAUCUGAGAAUGAAGCAUUGUGAUCUUUUGUCACAUGGUUUUUUCCAAAUUCAGACAAUAUCUAGUAGAACAACUUUAAGAACAAAGAUGGAUUCGCAACCUGACACUGAAAAUGAUGAGUCAUUCAACAGCACAGAGCAAUCAUACAAUUCUACAUUUUCAUGUCUACAGUGUGACACAGAUUUUGCCUCCCAGUCUGAAUGGAAACAACAUUUGUUGGCUCAUAUUUAUGAUAAAAACUUUGAACCAGACUUCAAUAGACACACUAGCGAAGAAAAUUCUGAUCAAAAUAGUUCACGAACUUCAAGAACAGGAGUUUCUGAUACACCAGAGGGGAGGAGUGAACAUUCCAGUAAAUCCCUAGAACAAUCUAUAUAUAAAAUGCCUAUUUGGGAUGAACAUAUGAAUGAUAUUAAUAAGGCAGUUGGCAUGGAAGAAGAAUCGGUUGAGCAGGAAAAACAAUCAAGUGAAAAUCCAUUUCCGUGUUUAUUAUGUGGGAAGCAGUUUAAGAAUAAAUAUUCUUUGAGAUCACACAUGGUAAACCAUCAUAAGGAAAAGCAGUUUACAUGUAAAGAAUGUGGCAAAAUAUACACAUGUCAAUCUAGCAUGUAUAAACAUGUCAAAACCCAUUACAGAAAAACUCGAUAUUCGUGCACAAAAUGCGAGAUGCUGUUUAGUAUAAAGGAGGAUUUACAAACUCAUAUGGUUACUCAUAAAGGCGAAAAACCGUUCAAAUGUGACAAAUGUGGAAAAUCGUUUGUAGGAGCGUAUGCUCUGCAAAGGCAUAAUGUUACUCACACCGGAGAACGAUCACAUGUAUGUGAACACUGUGGGAAUACUUACACUCAGAAAUGCAGUUUGACAGCUCAUAUGCAAGUCCAUACAGGCAUAAAACCAUACAAAUGUGAAGAAUGUGGGAAAUACUUCACUCGUCAAUGUCAUUUACAUGUUCAUAAGCGAAUCCAUACAGGUGUUAAACCUUAUAAAUGUAAACAUUGUGAUAAAAGCUUCACAGACUACUCAGGAUUAAGCAAGCACAUUAGAAAACACACUGGUGAAAAACCAUUUGCGUGUACUGAAUGCUCAAAACAUUUUUCUCAACAAUCAACUUUAAAAGAGCAUUUGAGGACUACUCAUUUUGGAUACAAACCUUACAAAUGCCCAGACUGUGAUAAAAGCUUUACUCGACAACCUCACUUGCGAACACAUAUUAGAACACGCCAUGAAAAGCCUGGUGAUAUAAGGAUAUAAGAGAAUAAAUGGAUUAAGUAGCGGUCUACAGACUUUGGUUUUUAUUGAUGUUUAUUUGGACCAUGAUUUGUAACGUCUAUAUGCCUCAGUAAUCAUUAAGAAUAUGCUUUUUUGAUUUUCCCUCAAAUAUGUGAUCCAAGUAUUUUCUCGAAACAAAACGACCUACUUUUGUAAAUCAUGAUUCACUCAUACAAAUUGGUAGAAAGAUAUUCCAAAAAAUUCAGUUCAAACUAAACACACUGUA